CUGAUUUUAGCUUCUUUUAGCUCGUUCCCAAACACUAUACUUGUUCUUGAAUGGUUCAUAAGUAUGAAAGUCAAGUAGCUGUCCCUUUUAGCACGCCUAGAAUAUUUCUCUGCGCUGUUGUAGCGAGCACACUGCGUCAGUGGCUUAAGCCUGACUGUUCGCCUGAUCCCGGUUUCUUUGACACGCUGUUGGAGAAAGGUUAAACCAUGGGUCGCAUCCCGACGGUGCACAGUAAAACGUAUGUCACGCCCCGGCGUCCUUUCGAGAAGGAGCGUCUCGACCAGGAGCUCAAGCUCAUCGGCGAGUACGGGCUGCGGAACAAGCGCGAGGUGUGGCGAGUCAAGUACACGCUCGCCAAGAUCCGCAAAGCGGCCCGAGAGCUGCUCACGCUCGACGACAAGGACCCCAAGCGGCUCUUCGAAGGCAAUGCGUUGCUUCGUCGACUAGUACGUGUGGGCGUGCUGGAGGAGAGCAAGAUGAAGCUCGAUUACGUGUUGGGUUUGCGCAUUGAGGACUUCCUGGAGCGCCGCCUGCAGACGCAGGUCUUCAAACACGGCCUCGCCAAGAGCAUCCACCAUGCCCGUGUGCUCAUCCGGCAGAGGCACAUUCGGGUCCGCAAGCAAGUGGUGAAUGUGCCCUCCUUUGUGGUGCGCCUUGACUCCGAGAAGCACAUUGACUUCUCGCUCAAGUCUCCCUUCGGCGGUGGCCGCCCAGGACGUGUCAAGAGGAAGAAUAUGCGCAAGGCACAGGGAGGCACCGCACAGGAGGAAGAGGACGAUGACUAGACUGUGUGCCCUUACUCCUCUCCACAUGCAAAUAAACAACAACUGUUGCUUGCUUGCA